AUGACGGGAGAGAAAUUGUUUGCUGUUUGAAUCCAAAAUUGAAAAGUUAUACACCAAGUAACUUUCAACCGAAAAAAGAAAGAAACUUAGUAAACGACCUAAUAACUUUUGUUUAUUUUUGUUAAAACAAUCAAUAUCCCAAGUUUUCUCGCGAAUUUCGAGUUGAAAAUGUGCAAAGAGCAAACAAUCGCGGUCGAAUAUCCCACCUUGAAGUGAUCCUUCAAACUUGUCAUGCCAAUUGUUUUUUCUAGACUGACUUGCAAGAUUGCUAUCUGCGGGCAAUAACUAUUUUUUAACAAAAAGACAACCCUUCCAGAAGAUAUUUGAGAAAGUUUUAUGAUGAUUUACUUGGUUAAAACUUUUAUUUCGUUUUCUAAUGGCUUUUCGAAGUGAAUUAUCGAUUCUCAAAAGAAGUUCAACCUCAUUUUCGUUCAGAUGUGGUUUCUUCUUCUUCUGACGUAUUCAUUCUCAUUGCCCUCUACAAGUGAGGCGUUCUCUUGUCACAAAUGCGCGUCCGAAAGAGCAGUGAUGGUGAGAAAUCUUUUUUUCGUUUUUUUAAUUUUUAAUAUAAGUUCUUUGCUGAUACCGUAAAAAAUACUUCAAUUAACCUGAAAUCUCACACGAAUGAGGUCAUUUAAAUGGAGAAGCUCAGAAUUGGUCUCGCUACGGCCUUCCGAUGCAACAGGGCGACUCGAUGGAAGGCGACGAUUCUUGUCUCCACGAAGAGAAGCUGCAAGACGGCGUCCAUUGCCCCGGCCUCUGCAUGACGGUCAACGUGACGGCGGCCAGCGGACCUCACAUCGGAAAGUCCAUCGGGAUCGUCAGAGACUGCCAGCCGCCAGUGGCCAAGAAGAAGCACGAUCUGAAGGAAGGCCAGAAUGAAACCUGCGUUACUCAUCAGAGAACUGUUCGAUCUAACUAUGUGUGAGUCGUUUUUUUCAAAAUUGAGACAGAAGAAAGAGGAAAAACAAGGAAGUCUGUUCUGCAUACCAUAAUUUGUUUCAUGAAUACAUGAAUGCCUGUUCUAAUAUACUUAAUAGUAGCUCAUACAUGAAUUUUUUUAGUUCUUCAGUUAUGAACUUUAAAAAAAAAAUCUGUUGUCAACUUGACUAUCCUAUUUCAAGGGUGAAAAUAAUGAGUCGAAUAAAAAAAGUCAUUCAGGCCUCAGUUUUUAUGGCAAGUUAAAAGACAUCUUGAAAAUUAACUCGAAAAAGAACAAUUCAUGAAUAACUUUUUCAGCAAAAAUAAUAAAUUUAACGAUUGAAAUAUCAAUACAGGAUCUGUGCAUAGCAAGUCUCGCAAACAGAAACGUCUAGUAUCAUUUUUUUUCACAUCAAGGAGGGCUUUCGGUAGAAAUAUAUUUAAAAAAAAGCCUUCCGCGACUCUUCUUUCUUUUCUCCUUCUCUUCUGAGGCAACAGAUGUUCCCUUCUAUUUGAAAUAACUCACAGUUGCAGAGUGAACGUGACAUAUUGCUAUUGUGCGGGCGAGUACUGCAACGGCGGAUCGUCCUCACCAACGCAAGAUGGAACGGUGGCGUCGUCGGAAAGCCGCCGGAUAAGCGGACGGCGAAGUUCGCGACGAAGGGCACCGAAUUCGGCCUCUGCACUUCCAUAUUUUCUUCCUCUCAUUCUGGCUUCUUUUUUAUAAUUUGCCUCGUCAUUACCGAAAUUAUCAGUAUUUUUUUGCGGGUCUUUGUUACGAAUCAAUAAAUUUUUUUCUUUUUUUUUACAAAAAAAAAUUGGCCAUUCUACUUUUUAAUUUGAUGUUCGACCUCGUCAAAAUGACAGAAUGGAAAAAAGAUGAAUGGAGACCAAAAAGAGAAGCAUCUGGCGGGCAGCUGCGCUGAAUCUUCGCACGAAUCCCAAAAUAAUUCGAAAAAGGAGCGUUCGGUUUAUUUUAAAUAACUCUAACGCUAUAGAUGUAUAAAUCCGUGACUCAUUGUUACUUAAUUAAUUUUCAUUAAUUUCGCGAUUUAACUUCAAAAAUGCGCCGCUGAGACAAUUUCGAAUUGAAAUUUUUUUAUGCCGUUUAUAACUCAUAAAAUAAAAAACAAAAAAAGAGAAAAAAAGAUAAUAAGGAGAUUUGAAGUGAAAAAAAAGGAAGUCGGUUGAAAAAAAGACCCCUCAAGUAGUCCCUUGAAAUUCCCUUUUAGGCGCGGAAGUCGCAAAUUUGAAUUUUUUUAUCUUUUUACUUUAAAGUUUCGCGAAAUGAUUGAUCGAUUGAUUAAAACUUCUUGUCUUCCUUUUUUUCUUUUUGAUUCUGUUCAAAAAUGUAUCCAAGUUUCAUAAUAUUCGAGAAACUCGCAAAAAUAUAUACGUUUUGAAAAUAAAUAUGAAAAAUAUUUUUUUUUUCUCUUUUUAGUUUACGUACCCUUACACUAUUCAGUUUUUUUUUUAGGAUCAUUCGUUUUAUCAUUAAAACCUUUAGGUUUUUUUUCUAGCAUCUCACAAAUAUCCUUUUGACAGUCUAUUUAUUCUGUGUCGAAAAGCGCAGCUGUUUCUCCUUUCGUCGUCCCGACCGCAAAAAAAAUCUUUUCACACCAAGAAAGUCCUGAUGCGCUGCGCUGCAUAAUAUUUUGCGAUCUGCCAACAAAUUAGUUAUCAGUCUAUCCUAAUAGUCUUUAAUCUGAAAACUAUACUCGACUCCUUCAUAAUGGUGAGUUGUUUCGCGAACUUUUCCCCGUCUUUAAUUUCAUAUUUUUUGCGAGUUGAAUAAUUUCAGCAUCUACCAAUCAUCCUUCCUAAGCCCAAGAUUCCGAUGACAGAAGUUGACCGCAAACCUUUGCACGUGAGGAAGCUCUCAAAACGAGCCUUCCAAAUCAGUUUUAAGAUGCCGCCCCUAAAUCCACCACCACCCGUUCCGAGUCAUAAUCAAAACAAUUCAAUGCUCUCCAACGCGUCCACUGGCACAACAGCCACCAAAAGAACGAGUGUUCAAUCGCAGCCGGUCACUUCCAAAAAAGUUUUUUAGGAGUGGAAUAUCUAUUCGAAAAAAAGAGCUUCAGGUUGAUACAGGCCGCGUCGUUCAGCUGAAUGGUCAUGUUGGAUUCGACUCUCUUCCGCAUCAACUGGUGAAAAAAGCGGUCGAGGCUGGGUACGUUUUCCAGCUGUUUACUAUCAAAGAAAAAAAAAACGUUUAUUUGAGUUGAAAUUUAAAAAAAAAAGUAGCUGUUUUGAAUUAUAAUGGCCCCAUUUCAACCUUGUACAGUUACCGGUAAAAUUUUUUGAAUACAAGUAAAGCAUAUCUCACUUUACAAAGCGUUGUUGUUCUCAAUUUCUGUCUAAACCCCCAUUUAAAUAAUUUACAGGUUCCAGUUCAAUUUGAUGUGUGUUGGAGAAACGGGAAUGGGUAAAACCACGUUGAUUGAGUCGCUUUUUGACAGAAAAGUCGACUUUGAACCUUGUAACAAUGAGCUUCGAACUGUGGAAUUGAGGACUAAAACUAUCGGUUUAAAAAAAACGUUUUUUUUUUUUCAACGGGACAAAAUUAUUGCAGACCUCGAGGAAGGUGGAAUCCGGGUGAAGCUACAGUUGGUAGAAACGGCUGGUUUUGGUGAUCAGCUCGACAAAGAUAAGAGGUUUCGAACUCAAUUUGAAUAAUAUUUAAUUAAUCUAGAGCUCUGAUUCAUUGAUCAAUUGAAGCUUUGUGUCAGAAUGAUAUUUUAAUCGUCCUGCCUUUCCAAAUAAUUUUUUUUCAAGAUUUAUCAAUCACAGUAUCCCAUAAUAUGGAAUAAAAAUGAGAAAAAACCCAUAUAUAUAUAUAUUCAAUUUUUCUAGCGCCAAAGUGAUAGCUGACUACUUGGAAACCCAAUUUGAACGUUAUCUCCAGGAAGAAUUGAAGGUUUUUUUGUUUGAUAAAACUUUAUAUUUUUAUAUUGGAACUUCAAGGUCCGUCGCAUACUUCAGUUUUUCGAAGACACGAGAAUCCACGCCUGUUUGUACUUUAUAUCGCCAACUGGCCACGGGUAAUAAUUUUUUGAAGUUCUAGAUUGCUCUAACGGCUAAAUGAAUUUCUUUGUCAUAUAACAUGGAUCAAUAUUUUUAAAACGUAUUUCUGAUGAAAAUGUGAAUUUGAAGGCUGAAAGCGCUUGAUUUGGUGACUUUGCGUGAGUUGGCCAAGAGAGUCAACGUUAUUCCGGUUAUAGCCAAGGCGGACACUACUUGCAAAGAUGAAUUGUCUCGCUUCAAAGAAAAGGUUGCGUUCAUUUUUUUCGAAGUUUGAAUCACUGAAAAAUUUUUUUGUAAAAAAAUUUUUUUGCUUAUUUAUUCCCCUUUUUUUCUCGUAGUAUCUUUUUUUCCAAUAUUUUUUUCCUCAAUGUCUGAAAUUUUUCUUAAAAAAACCAUGUCCCGUGCGGGAAAAAAAUAUAAGAAAAAAAGCUAGUAAACUUUUUUUACAAAAAAAUUUGCGAAUAUUACAAAAAAAGUCAAUUAGGAAAUUUUUCACAGGUUCAGAGAGCUUCCCGAAAAAGAAAAUGAUCAUUUUGACCUGGACUAACUUUUUCCACAUGCCACAUUAUUUUAUCUUUGAUUGAAAUAUAUUUGUUUCCAGAUAAUGAACGAGUUGAAAGCGCAAAAGAUUGAGAUCUACCACUUUCCAACUGAUGACGAGGCGGUUAGGAGUUUCACGAUCUAUUUGUUUUACAGUUUUUUUUUCAAGGUUUCUACCCUGAACUCUACUAUGAACUCGGCGAUACCAUUUGCCGUCGUAGGAAGUGUUGACCACAUUAUCAAGGAAAAUGGCCAAAGAGUCAGGGCGCGAAAAUAUCCGUGGGGCGUUGUUGAAGGUUAAUUCGUGCCGCCAGGUUUUUUUGAAAAAGAAGAACAAUAUUUUUGAAAGAAAAAAAAAUUUUUUUAAAAUUUUUUUCAAGUUUUGAAUUUUUUUCUGCUUAUCUCAGAACUUCAUGUUACAGUUUUUUUAGAUAUGAAGUCCAAUUAUCGGAAACUUUCUGAAAGUGAAAAGUUUCUUCAAAUAUAUAUUAUUUUCGAUUGAAAAAACUAAUUACGAAUACUCGUCUCUUUAUUAUUUGAGACGAAAUUUUAAAUUUUCUUUUCCGUGAGUUCGAAUUUGAAAAUUUUUUUGUGGAAGUGUUAGAAAGGUUAUCAGAUGGGACCAUGAAUAUGUUUCUUAAGUUGAAAACGAGCAACAUUGCGACUUUGUGAAGCUGAGAGAGGCCCUAUUGCGCACAAAUGUCGAUGAAAUGCGGCAACGGACACAUGAGGUUUGCAAAUGAACUUUUUCUGUUAAAUUCCCUCCUUUCAAAGGUUUUGUACGAGAAUUAUCGUCGUGAAAGAAUGCGGCAGAUGAAGUUUGGCGACGGCGAAAAUGGGCCGAAAAUGAUUGAGAGAAUGGCUACGGUUUGUUUUUAUCAAAAUAUAUUGGAUUGGUUCAUUUUUUAAAAGUAUCAAAAAUCAAAAUUUUCAGAAACACAAGGAAUAUCAAGACGAAUACGCGAGAAAGGAGGCGACGCUCCGUGAAGAGUUCAAAAAGAAGUUGGAUGACACCGAAGCUGAGAUGAGGACCGCCGAGGAACAGGUUCGGAAUGAAUAUUAUUCAAAAUCGAUCCAAUAUUUUUCUUUUUAUUUUUUCAAAGUUCCAAUGAGUGAGGUGAAAUGCUUUUUAUUUUCAUUUCGUGUUUUCAGUGUCAGCUCAACUUGUGAAUAUUGCCUUCAAAUUAGUCCUAAUUGCAUUCAAAAAAAGGCUAACCAAAAAGUUCAAAAGUUUUUUUUUGAAGUUGAACUGCCGCGCACGAGAAAUCGAAGACAGAUUCCGGUCAGAAAUGGCACAAAUCGACGCUGAAAUGCGGCAACUCGCAGAGGACAAAACGAAACUCAUGCAUAAAAUGUCGAAAAAGUUGAAGAAAUGA